CUAAGAAUACAUUCAAAUCCUUGCAAUGCUUAAGCUUAUUUGCAUUUUCGGUAAGCUCUAAAAUUAUCAUGGAGGAUAGUUCCAUUAUGAAAGAUCAAAAUUAUUUCCAUAUAGCUCUCGUUAUUGUGGCCACCUGUGAGGCACAAAAAUGUCGCCCGGUAUGUAGGCCCAAGAUAAGCAGUCCAGCCGUUUGUGCCGCCGAUAAUCAUCAGCAAAUGUGCUUCCGCAUGAGCCAAUGUCAGUUGGAUGAGGAGAAUUGUCGUCGUCGGGCUGCCAAGCGACCAACCAUUUCCAAUGUCGAUCCAAUACGUUGCCGUAACAUUAAAUCACCCAAUGGCAGAGGUAAAUGUGCCCCCGCUCAUCCACGUAGUCCACGCUCAGCAACACCAAACUGUAAUCGUUUGAAAUGCCGCAGCCCUAGCAAGGUGCUGAGAUGUUAUCGUUCCAAAAAGAACAAUUGUCAGCUAUUGACCGCCUGUCAAUUGCAACGCGUUAAUUGUCAACGUGGCCGAUCGAAUUUGUUGAGCUGGACUGAUUCUCGCCGUUGCGCUGGCAUGAAAGCUGGACAGAAAUUGCAAAAAUGUAAAGCUCUACCCAAAAGGGGUUAAGAAGUGACAUGGGGA